GUGAUCGGGAUGGGCCAAGGGGCCGGUUAGAGGGAGGAGGUGGAGAGAUACUCAGCGCUGAUGAACUGAAAGGUGGAUGGUAUAUAAGACAGGGAGAUGCGAGCGCCGGAUCAACGAGCAGUCCGCUGUGGAGCAACCUGCAGAAGACCUGCCUCAAGAAAAAAGACUGAACAAAAAGAAAGCAGAGCAACGGAAAACAGCUCAGGUUGUUUCAGAAUAAGCAGACGAAGAGGUACACUUCGCUACAGGCAGUCCGGUAUCCAGCAUGCGGUCUCUGGUGGUUUUGCCUCUGCUGUUGUGCGCAGUGGUGUUCGUGGACCAGGUGAGGGCGGAGGUGAAGGCGGUGAAGCUGUGCGGCCGUGAGUUCCUGAGGGCCGUCGUUUACACCUGCGGAGGUUCCCGCUGGAGGAGAUUCCUCACUGAUUCCGAUAUGGAUGGUGACGGUUUGGCAGUUGGGGAGCAGAGCAGUUUGGAGAGCCUGAGCAGCAGCAACCCGGGCUCCCAGUUGAGCAGACGGGAUAUUAAUAACUUACUGACCACUGUGUGCUGCCAGGUGGGCUGCAGGAAGAGCGACCUCACCUUCCUCUGCUGAGGCCAACCCCUGGCUUCUUCUCUUUCACUCUACAAGUGACCGGAAUGACUCUGUUCUCUCCCGUUUUGCCUUCGUAGAAACCAAAUCUGAAUCAAGAUGCUGAUGUUUAAAAACAAUACGAUCACUGUACUGCAUAUACAAUAAUGCUCAUAACCACAACUGCUAUUUUUCUAAUUGUUUUUGAUAUGUUUGUGAGUUAUUACUUUAACUUGUGAGGUUUGCAGACCUCUUGAGCAUCUGUGAACUUGUUUCUGCGCCUGAGAUGGAAGAUAUGCGCCAAUGCAAAAAAUUUAGGCCGUCAUUAGACUAUAUAUGAGCUUAAAUAUUGAGUAAAUACAGUCGGGGUGCAGGACUGUAUCACUUUCCACUCAGACUCUGUGUAAAGAGAGGAUGGGUGUCUAAGCCCUCUAUGUAUCCACAGGGUUGCAGGUUUGUAAAAUUUCCAUCUCUGUUUUGAUGUAUUUAUGGGAAAUUUAAGCUGUGAUCUGUCAUUUCGCUAUUUUUGUCAAAUAAAUGUUCUUGCAUAGGGCUUACAUUCUGUCAGGUGUGAGAUCUUUUUCAAGUUGCAUCCCACACACGUCAUACCAAACAAAACUGUUCAAUGAAUUUCUGCAAAUGUAUCACGCAAGUGCAUCAUAACAUCAGUGACGA